CAUUCAGUACAUACCGACCCGGCUAACCGGUCAAAUCCAACAGCGGUUCAGAUUGAGACCCUUCAAUCGGUCAUUCAACUGUCAAUCCCAGCUGAUCUCAGUUCGGUCAAUCGUUUUCAUGAGUGUGGUUGUGUUCAACUUUCUUCGAAUUUUUUCGAUAUCUUGAUCUCGUGUUUGUUCAUCUGGAUUAGUUGAACAAUUUGUUAUAAUGGCUGAAAACAAUCACGUACACCACUGCAAUGGUGGACGCUGGAAAAUGGCGACCAUCGACAAGCUGUUCCAGCCCGUGCAGGACAAAAUGGACGACACGGGGAACAAGGUCACGGUCGUGGGAGUGGGGCAGGUCGGCAUGGCCGCCGUGUUCUCGCUGCUCACCCAGGGGGUCACCAACAACAUCGCCAUGGUGGACGUGAUGGCAGACAAGCUGAAGGGCGAGAUGAUGGACCUGCAGCACGGCUCCGCCUUCAUGAGGAACGCCAAGAUCCAGGCUAGCACAGAUUACUCGAUCUCCGCGGACUCGAAGCUGUGCAUCGUGACGGCGGGCGUGCGCCAGCGCGAGGGCGAAAGCCGCCUGGACCUGGUGCAGCGCAACACCGACGUGCUGAAGAUCAUCAUCCCCCAGCUGGUGAAAUACAGCCCAGACGCCAUCUUCAUCAUCGCGAGCAACCCAGUGGACAUCCUAACUUACGUGACGUGGAAGAUCUCCGGCCUGCCAAAGCACCGCGUCAUUGGCUCCGGCACCAACCUGGACUCGGCGCGUUUCCGUUACCUGUUGUCAGAGAAACUCGGUAUCGCGACCACCUCCACCCACGGCUACAUCAUCGGAGAGCACGGCGACAGCAGUGUGCCCGUGUGGUCUGGCGUGAACAUCGCCGGCGUGCGCCUCAGCGACCUGAACCCCAAGAUCGGCUCCGACUCCGACCCCGAGAACUGGAAGGAGACCCAUGAGAUGGUGGUGAAGAGCGCCUACGAGGUCAUCAAGCUGAAGGGCUACACCUCCUGGGCUAUCGGCCUCUCGCUCUCGCAGCUGGCUCGCGCCAUUCUCUCCAACGCCAACAGCGUGCAUGCCGUCUCCACCUACUUGAAGGGUGAGCACGGUAUCGAAGAGGAGGUGUUCUUGUCGCUGCCCUGCGUUCUGGGAGCCGCAGGAGUGUGUGACGUCAUCAGGCAGCCGCUCACCGACACCGAGACUGCGCAGUUGCAAAAGUCCGCGCAUCUGAUGGCCCAGGUGCAGGACGGUAUCAAGUUCUAAGCGCCCAUCAAUUGCAUUACAUAAAACUUGACUAAGUUUAUUGUACUGUCGAAAAACCGGCUUCAAAUGACAUCAUGCCAUUCAUGGUUAAAUAUUUUUAGACAAUACAACACUUCGUCAAACUUUUUUGUAUUAGCAGAGAACUAGCGAUGAACCCAGUAGAGGCGCACGAUGUUAAGGCAAAUUCCAAAUAUGUAACGCACGAAGAGAAAACUGUUGAAAAUACCUUUGUGGUAAAAAAAGAUUGGUAGUUGUGCACUCUAUUAGAUCAAUGAGCUGUGGUUUGUUCUAGAAAAAAGUUAUUUACGAUUUUUAUGCGAAAAAGUAUUUUUGCCAGUGCUUUUAUUAGGCUCUUCAUAAGCUUUCUUGAUUUGCCAUAUCAAAAUAGGAUGCAAGAGCGACUGAGAUUUUAUUUUAUUUUAAGUGGUUCCUACUUAUAUGACAUAACUAAAUUAUAUUCCACUAUUAGGAUUAACAGUUACAUUCUUUCCAAAAAUCUCAAAUAUUUGAUCAUGACGUAAUGAUUUGUGUAAAAAUCCGGACAGUUCAGUAUUUGUGUGUAUUAAUUAAUUAUAGUAAUUGAAGAAUCUGUCACAAAACUUUAUUAUAGUCAUCUCCAGUAAGAAUUAACAUUUAGUAGACACUAAUUAAUUUAUGAUAGUGGCUUCAGAUUUGUAAGGUUGCGAUCUGUUUUUGUCAUCUUUAGAUUAUGGUACACAAUUGAACGGUUUGUUAGUCCGGCUGGCGUACAGCUAACAUGGAUGUGACUUGUAACAGGUUUUACUUUUUUGGAGCUGAGCAAAUAUCUCGUUACACCAUUCCAGUGAAUAUUGUUUUCCAAAGAACUCACGUAGGCGUAUCAGUAUUUAGCACCUGAGUGAAUAAGAAUUUCUCAUAAUUUAAAUAUUUAUCAUCUUAGUUGUAUGUUGUGUCCCUGGUAGACGUGGCAAGAAUCCAGAACGUAAUAGUUUAAUAGCUACGAAAUAUUAUAUUUUCAAAUCUUUAGAAACUAGACAUUCGUAAUUUUUGUCUUUUAACGAAUUUCAAUCGCCUUUAGCUUUUUGAUGUGUGUAGUUAGUCGAAUAAAUUUAAUAGGAAAAUAUUAAUAGUAAUUAUAUUUUGUUAUGCUAUCGUAUCCAGUAUUAGUUAUCUUUACAUACGAAUUUUCUUGCAUUUACAAAAUUAUACCUAUGCCAAAUGAACCAUAGAUUAAAAAUGUGUUAUUGUUGUCAUUAUUUCUGACAGACGUAUUU